UGCUGUAAUUAGAAAAAUCAAUACAGCUGUUGAGCUUAUCUACACCCCGUGAAAUCUGUCAAACAAUUACAUUAUACCUGUACGUACCCAGCUACGUACCUGUACAGUAGCUGCUUCGAUCUCAGUGCAGUGCGACAAUUCUAUAUGGCUAUGGCUCAGGACCAACCUGAAAGAACUUCAGAUGUAGUCAAUAAUCAAAUCUAUUACCAAUUGAAGUGGAUACCGUGGGGUCCGGGCGAUGAUGAGUUUGUUCCAAUCGUUACCCAGAAUGAAAACGGCCCCUGUCCUCUCAUCGCAUUGGCCAAUGUUCUGCUACUGUCACAUCGUAUCAAAAUCGGCGGUGGAGAAACUCUGGUGUCGUCCUCUCACCUCAUGGAUUUACUUGGUAGCUGUCUGUUGGAGAAUCCACUAGCUGAUUAUCAUUCUGCAAAUUACCAACAGAACAUGCAAGAUGCUAUGGCAGCUUUUCCUAGGCUGCAAACUGGUCUUGAUGUCAACGUCAAGUUUAACAGUGUGCAGUCUUUUGAGUUCACAAGUGAGUCUGGAAUAUUUGAUUUGUUUCAAGUUCCGCUAUAUCAUGGCUGGUUAGUAGACCCUCAGGAUCGGCACACUUAUGAUGUGGUGUGUACGCUGUCGUACAACCAGCUGGUGGAAAUGAUCAUCAAUAAUCAAAACUCUGCUGAUCCGAUCAACAUUCAAAAUGCUUUGAUUUGUGAGGAAUUCUUAGAAAUCAACUCCAGCCAGCUAACUCAUCAUGGUCUUUGUGAGCUUAACAGAGUAAUUAAAGAAGGAGAUAUGUGUGUCUUCUUCAGAAACAAUCACUUCAACACUAUUUUCAAACGCCAGGGUCAACUACUGCUAUUGGUUACAGACAGUGGUUUUGUCAAUGAACUUGGGCAUGUGUGGAAGACGGUCACUGAUAUCGAUGGAAGUGGUGAUUUCUUAGAUGCACAGUUUAAGUACUCAACUCACUCCAUACCUCAAGGCAACAGAGAGCAACUUCCAAUAAAAAAAGAAAUUGAGGAAGAACAAGUACUACAUCUCUCAGAGCCAGCAGCUGUGGCUAAUGACACCAGUUCCCUUUCAGACUGGGAAGUUCCAAGGACAGAAACGUCAAACUCUCAAAGACAUCGUAGUAGUGACCAAUGUCAGAUAUUAUGAUAAUACACCAAACAUCUAUUACCAACCAACACUGUAUCAAAACAUUUUUGUGUCCAGUAUAAUAGUUAUUACAGUUCCUUUUGAAAUUGUUCUCAUCACUCAUCCUGCAAACAGCAGAGUUAAAACAAUAUAAGAAUGCACAGAAACUAA